AUGCUGAAAUUACUGUAUUCUAUUCUCAUACUAUCAACUGCCAUGUUUCAUAGUGGUAUGACACAAAUGGACAGCUUCCCGGUGUAUUGGAAUGUCCCAUCAAAAGUUUGUCACAGCCGCAAAAUUGACAUUCCUCUUCAGGAGUUUGGAAUAAUACAUAAUAGAGGUCACGAGUUCCAAGGAGAUCAAAUUGUGAUCUUUUACGAGUACAAUUUCGGUUAUUUCCCCUACUAUAUCGACUAUGACGCAGAUCAGCCCGUCAACGGUGGAUUACCGCAGAACUGCCCGCUUGAUAAACACUUGGCGCUGGUGUCGAAGCAGAUCCGUGAAGCAAUCCCACGAGAGGAUUUCAACGGUAUCGCCGUCAUCGACUUCGAAGAGUGGCGGCCGUUGUAUCAGCUGAACUGGGGGAAGAAAGCUGUUUACAAGGCCGAAUCACUUCGUCUUGUGCGAGAACAAUUCCCGUCGAUUUCUGGAAAGUCGGCUGAAGCGCUUGCGAAAAAGGAGUUCAACACUGCAGCCAAGAAAAUCUUCCUUUCAACGAUAGGACUUGCUCGACAACUGAGACCUUACGCUCGCUGGGGGUUCUAUGGGUUCCCCUACUGCAACUAUGAUGCCGGGAACUCCGAGUCGGACAUGUUGUGCAAUGAGAAAUUUAGGAAAUACAAUGACGAGAUGUCUUUCAUAUUCGAAGCAAGUUCGGCACUGUUUCCAUCGAUAUAUCUCAGCUUAAAAGGCACAAGUGCCCAAAAUUAUCGGUAUAUCCAGGCAAUAAUGGUGGAAUCUGCAAGGAUUGCAGCUCUUCAGAAUCCUAUUCUCGAUGUUUAUCCCUAUACAAAAUUUGAAUAUAACCCAUAUCAAUCUUUAGACUCAUUCUACGCAAAAAAAGACGUGUGCAAUUCGUUGAAACAAGCUGCUGACCUUGGAGCUCGUGGGAUCGUUUUGUGGAGUAGCAGUAAAAAUAUGAAACAACGUUGCGAAGGCCUAGCGAAAUACGUACAGGAUAUGCUAGGACCUACGGUAGCGCUGAUUCGCAAGCGAAGCCAACGUUGCCGCGAGAAACGAUGUUCCUCACGAGGUCAAUGCGUCCUUCCAGAACCUGCCACUAAGUGCACAUUCCGUAUGCAGCCGUCCAACUACGUAUGCCGAUGCGAUCCGCUUUUCACUGGCAAUAACUGCUUGCGACGAAAGCAUUUUAAAUGGAUUUAUAAUAUUGGACCAAAAACAUCAACGAAUAGCAGCAAUAUAGCGAAAGGAAACAGGCGGUCAGGAAGAAGAAAGAAACUGAAGAAAAUUAGAUUCAUAAAGGUUUCCGGUGAUGCUGGUAAAGAAACAGAAGACGGCCGGCCAGCUAGCGCAGAAGCGAUUGUAGUUGCCGUGGCGACUCCAGCUUCGCGGAAUACGGAUGAAAUUGGACCAUCGCUGGCAACAAUGAAAUCGACGACCCUAAGCGGCAUGAGCACUAACGUCAAGUUCGCGAACCCCUUCAUCGCAACUCAUACACCUCCCGAUGUCACGACACCGGAUGCAGUAUUUCGCUUGACACCUCCUCCACUGGACUUUCGAUUAGUUUAA